GGUGAUAGACUGAAGGAGAAGCCACAGCUUAUUUUCCUUUGAAGCCACAAAAUCUCUUCAGUUCAACCUGCCGCUCAUCAGAGAGCCAGACGGACUGACAUCAGGAUUUUUAAAGCCUCAAUCCAGCAGAACUCCGACAAUGAAGCUGGUUUCAGUCGUCAUCCUGCUCCUGGCUCCAAUGUUGACCAGCUGCUACCCUCCUGAUCUACCCAAAGACUGCAGUGACAUACGUAAUAAUCCAAACACCCGGAAAAGUGGAGUGUACACCAUCUAUCCCAUCAGAUCCACUUCUUCUGUCCGGGUGUACUGCGACAUGGACUCAAAAGGAGGAGGGUGGACGGUGUUCCAGGCGAGGAUGGACGGCACGGUGAACUUCUACCAGGGCUGGGAUCAAUACAAGACCGGCUUUGGUGACCCUGCUGGAGAGUACUGGCUCGGUCUUGAGAACAUCUACCAAUUGACACUCAAUCGACCGUCCGAGCUGCUGGUCCAAAUGGAGGACUUUGUAGGAAACAAAGCAUUCGCUCUUUACACCUCAUUCUUUAUCGAUGAUGAGUGUAAUGGAUACAAACUGAAUGUUUCUGGAUUCUUCAAUGGAGGAGCAGGAGACUCCCUGAGUUUUAGCAACGGAAUGAAGUUCUCCACCUUCGACAAAGACCAAGACAACUGGUAUUGGAACAACUGUGCCAUACAAAGCCUGGGGGCGUUCUGGUACAACGGCUGUUACAAUACAAAUCCAAACGGUAUUUAUAGUUGGGGGGCUAACAGCCCUUUCUAUUAUCCUGUAGUGAAUUGGCAAACCUGGCAAGGUAAUACCCCCCUGAAGUUCAUCAGCAUGAUGAUCCGUCCUUUGCAGUAGUUCUCCAGGACCAACGUACAGCAGAAUAUCAGCUCAUCUCUUCUGAUUUCUUUCUCUUUCUCUCAUUAAGCAUUUCAUCUCACAACAGGUCUUAUUUUCUGUUAUUUUCUAUGUCUGUAAAUCUUGUUACCGUCUGUGAUGGUUUAAAUCAGUCGCAGCUCGCUGCAACGUGGAAGAAAAGUCAGAUGUGUCUCCAGUUGGGCGGCUGCAGCAGGAAAGUAGGGCCCAUAAUCUUUAAAUGGAAACACAUAUUUAGUCUGAUCAGGUGUUAAUCACUGCAUCAACUGAUAACAUAAGUCUAAAAGAGAGAAAGAAGUAAAGAAAAUGAAAAGUAUAAAAAGAUGUUUGCAGUUCAGGACAGCCAGUUGAUGUUUGGUGGAGGUUUGAAACUAAUGUGAAUCUUUAUCUGCUGUAUGGUGACAAUAAAUAAGAA